AUUCAACGUUCUUGUCGAUGGGAAUAAUUCGCUUCAGACUAUCAUUAUAGUUUACCGUGAAAUUGCAAUGUACCAAAGCAUUAAUGUGUUGAGAAAUGGGGUAGCUUGGAACAGCUCAUUUCGCAGGACGUUUUUUAGUAGGACGAAAAGGUAUGAUUUUGGAAAGUGCAACCUCAUCACCGAGCUUGGAAAUGUAUCACCCGAAAGGCGUGUCCCAGAACAUAUUCCAAAACCACCCUACUAUUUCGUCCGUAAUUCUCCGAGUGAUGGCGAGGGAAAACCGGAAAUCAAAUCCAACCAACAGAUAGCCGGCAUGAGAGAUAGCUGCAGAUUAGCCGCCACUAUUCUAGACCGCGCGUGUCGGUUUGCGAAGGUAGGCAUUACGACGGAUGCAGUAGAUGAUUUCGUUCACGAAGAAACGAUAAAAGCAAACGCCUAUCCAUCCCCUUUGCGGUAUUUGGGAUUCCCAAAGUCGGUCUGCACGUCGGUCAACAAUGUAGCUUGCCACGGAAUACCGGACGACAGAAAAUUGCUCGAUGGAGACAUUAUCAAUAUAGAUAUCACGGUGUUUUACAAUGGGUUCCACGGUGAUUGUUCCAAGACAGUACUAAUUGGAAAUGUGGAUGAUCGGGGAAAAUAUUUGGUAGAAAACACCGAGCUAUGCCUCGCUGAGGCAAUACUAUGUUGUGGACCUGGUCAACCACUCUGUGUGAUCGGCAAGUCGAUCGAGAAAUAUGCCAAAAGAAAAAAGUUGAAUGUUAUGCCUGCCUUUCUUGGACACGGUAUUGGAAGCUACUUUCAUGGACCACCGAACAUAUUUCAUUUUGACAAUGAUUUUCCUGGUGUAAUGCUGCCAGGAAUGACCUUUACCAUCGAACCAGUUCUAACGUUGGGUGAUUCUGAGGCGGAAAUUCUCGACGACGCAUGGACGGCCGUGUCGGUGGAUAAUGCACGUAGCGCCCAGUUUGAGCAUACAGUUCUAAUAACAACCGAUGGUUGUGAAGUACUUACAGUAACUGAUUAGCAUUGUAGAAAACAAAUUGAAUAAGAACUGUUUUAAGCUUUUGAUUAAAAAUGUUGAAUGGUUUUCUACUUU